AUGGACUUCUGCACGCUGGGGAGGGCUGGCGUGCGCACCGAGAAGGGGGGCCAAGGGCUGGGGGAGGAGAUCGGAAGGGGAGAGGUAAUCCCCGGCGUUUUGAGCAUCCCCUUUUUAGAAAGACUGAGUCUCUCCCGGGACAGCUGCUGCGGUCACACCACAAACUUAAAAGCCGGCCUCCCGCUCCGAGCGUGCCUUUCCUCGCCACCCUCGCCUGCCCUCAGCUCCAGCUGGUGCCUGGCUCCGCGCCGCUCCGACAGGGCGCGCGGGGGUCAGCAGCGCCCCCUGCCUCCCGGCCAGGCCUCUGCGGCCGCAGCCUCCGCGCUCCACCAGGGCCGCCCGCGGCUCCGCGGCUCCGCCAGCGCCGCCGCUCGGAGGAGGUCGCGCCGGUGCCCCGGGUCGCCGCCUCGCUCGCGCACCGCCUGCAUCCCCUUCCUAUCUUCCUGA